AUGGAAACGAUCAAAAGUCUUUUGCUGCAAACGUCACCCGGUGCCGUUCGUCCCACUAUCAGCGAGGAGCCGGAUUAUGCGGUACCGCACCGGAAGAUAGCGCAGGACCCAUUCGGAAGUCCGGCCCACGCUGGUCUCGGACCGAUGCUGUCGCCGAUCGCGUUACCAACCGUUGCCAGCAUUUGCGAGUCGGACGACGCCAGUGCCAGGAUGACGCCGGGUGCGGUGCGUACGGUGGGUAGCACCGCAGAUUUCAUCCAUCCAAAACUAUCGAAACUGAAGCAGCCGCCGGUCAUCGUGGGGGUGGCCGUAAAGCGCAGUCUGCGAAAGUCGCCGGAAGUAAUCAGGACGGGCACUACGCUAGAGCGGUGGCAUAAAGAUAUUUUCGAGACACCCUGUACCACGUUGCAAUCUGAUGAUCUGGUAAUGGAUAAGCCCGAAGAAACAUUUGUCAGGCGCGGCGUUGAUGGUGCAAACAAUGGGACAAACGAGGACACAAAAUUCGCGGAAGUUAGUAAUCAAGAGCAAAGCAAAUCGGUGUUUAGUGUGGUACGUAAUGGUGAGGAGCAUAGCCAGAAGGACAUCAACAGUGACAACGAGUUGAUCGAUUUGAUCGAUUUUAGCAGCGAUCAGGAGGAACAAGACGAGACAGAUGGUCAAGAAGAGCGAAUGAAGGCGGAAAUGGCUUUGCCCGUGGCUGGUGCUGGUCGUGUGAAAAAGGUGACUUUCCUUCUGGAUGAUGAUCCAUUGCCGAAUGACGACAGCGAUAACGAUUCCGAUACGGUGAAGGAUCCUCAUGGUGAGCGAGAUCUGCCCGAUAGUGAGGCAUCGGAAGAGGAGGGCGAAGCGGUGCAGGUUGAUGGAGAGGUACUCGAUAUCGAUACCACGGGCCUCUGCGUGCGGAACAGGGUGUCUGUCGAUGAAAGUGAUCCUACCCUCGAUGGCAGGCACCCUCCACCCUCCACCCACCUUCGUAAUGAAAUAUCAACAGAGACUAGGCAAACAGAUGACAAUGUUUUCCGUCCGGUGGGCGAUGGACAGGGAAACGGCGGUUGGCCCGAUGUCAACGGCAGGAACUGUGCCGCUGAGCGUAGUCACGUUGACAGCGAAGCUGGUGGAAGAUGGAGCCCCCAACGGAUACGGGAGCAGACGGACGUGGCCGAAACGGCGGUGGAAACGGAAAUGGUUCAGCGCGCAUGCUCCUCUCCAUUACAUGCCGAGCGUGAGAGUCAUCGCCAUCAUCAGCGGCGGCAUCAUCAUCAUCAUCGCGGGGAGCGUGAGGAGAAUCCAACCGUUGCCAUCUGCCAUCCAGCAGCCGUGUCAGCAAAUUCCGACGGUGAAGCAACCACGCGGAGAAUCGACGAAACUCUCGCGUGUACCGUCCGCACGGGUAGGCAACCGGACUGGAGGCGGCGGGCGGAUGUUUGCCUACCGAACGCAUGCGCCGGAACCGAAUCGAUGAACGGCGAACGGCGAAGGAAACACCAACACCACGGCACCACCGUGAAACACGACCCCCGCGACGGUGGACCGAGUGUCAAAGGACGGCCGAAAGCUGACGGUGUUGUUGGUAGUGGUGCCGAGCGUUCGCCAGUGGCGUUGAGUAAUGUGAAGCUUUCCUCGGCACCGAUCGAUGAACGGCACCAGCACGCUGGUAGUGACAUUGAGGUUUGUUGCAUCGAUGGACGUGAUUUGAAGGCAGACGAGCGAGCAAUUCCGUGUGAAGCGUCCAGCCAUCGAACGGACGGGAGGCUUCCUGCACCUUCGGCCGCUGGUGAGCGCGAGAGAAUCGAUGAACGAUGUUACGUCGAGGACGGUACCGAGGCACAACAGCGACCUGCAAGCGACUCCACUGGCGAGCGUGGUAGUCUGUUACGAGGAUUAGAGUACGCCAGUACCAGCAGCGUUCCGACGGCUGUUGGUCCCAACGGUGAGGACGGGAACGAAGGGAAAGGGCGGUCCAAAGGCCUAGGGCAGCAGCAGCUACAGCUGACCCCGAACGGGACCGUUGCCCGUACGGUGCAAACCAGCACGACCGAGUGUGAGGAAAAGUCCACACAAGUGUCCGCGAGGGCAGGACCGUUGUCCUCGGAUAGUGAGAGUGAAAAUUAUUACGGCACCUGCUCGCCACCGACGGUCGAACGGCACCAGCGAACUUUUCAUCCGGAAGGGAGGGAGUGUCAAACCGAUCCCGCAUCAUCCUCGCUGCUGGUGGAGGUGACGCUCAGUGCGCACAUCUGCGUUCACCAACAGCAGGCUCCGUUUUCUUGGCGUGAAACAGGCAGCAAUUCCUGCCACUGCAGUGAAAACUCGCGAGUGCUUCGGGACAGUGCAACCAACACCCAGGACCGCGCGGGGGACGAUUCGGACUGUUCGGAGGGGGUGCGGACGGAGGGUGCACAGUCGCGGACGGGGCACCGCAACAAUCCGUCCAGUGCGGACAGUGGCAUUAUUAUUAUCGACGAUGACGUCGACGGUGCAACGGUUGACGAUGGCGGAUAUCCGUGUCGGUCGGGAGGUCCUGUUGUGAAAGGUCCUGUCGAGCGAAGGGACCCGCACCAGAACACCCGCACGGAACGAUUCGAGGUGAACUUUAUUGACAGUGAAAUCCGUCCCCAAGGAUCGCCAGCGAAUCGCACGCAGGCGGAAGUUCCCGUUGGUGCGAGUGUGAGUGAGCCGAGUGGUGGCGAGUGUCCUACUACGGUGGUAGGACACCCUGCGCAGGACAGUGCAGGCGAAGGCGAAGAGGAAGGAGAAGCAACUGAGUCGGCCGAAAAUUCCAGCAGUGCUGGUGGCGUUGAGUGUUUUGAGGCGAGUCAGCGCCUGAAGCGUCUUGAGGAGCGGUUCCGCGGCUUUGCCUACACGAAAAAGUUUUUCCGCGAGUCAUUUUCCCACGGCCUAGCGGACCUCGGUGCGGGCGAGUCACCGAAGUACGGCGGUGCUUCGCAAUCCGUCGGAGGAUCCUUGCCCUCGCUGCUAGUGUGCGCAGGCCAUCCGGACGCUCGCCCGUCGUCGACGGACUAUGCCAACACCAAUACAUUUGCAGCAGGUUCUCCAUCGCAGCCCGCGGAAGAUGACGCGUGUGGUUACGGUGGGAGCGAUGCGAACGUGACGCUCUUGCGCUCACCAACACAGCGCAACCGGAGAGGAUUAUUGUCGUCCGUGUCGACAUCGUCAUUGGGAUCAUCAUCACCGUCAUCGGCAGCAGAGGGUUUCGGAGCUUUAGCUACCACAGCAUCCGCAGCAUCCGAAAGCGGUGGCCGCAGUAGUGUGCUGCUGGCAUCGAGGAAAACAUCCUCGCUCAAUUGUUUACAGCAGGACGCGACACGGGACGUGGACGAUACGGAGAGUUAUCUGCUGAGCAGCAGAAAAAACCAUAACAAUAAUCGGUCCCUACACGGUGCCCGCUUCCAACCAACGCCAUCGCUCAACCGAACGUCGCGAGCGUCCUGGACGCGACCGAUUCUGCCACCGUUGUCCUCGUCGUUGCUAUCACUGUCGGCUUCAUCGUUGCUUUCGCUGUCCUGCCUAGAUCUCGAGCGCCAGAAUAGACAAAGAACAGUGAGUCAAAAGCCAGCAGCGAAGCAUCCGGAAGGGGAGUUUGGGGUCGCCGAGGACAGUCGACAGGACAAGAACAAUAAUAGUCCGGCGGAAGAGAACGGGUUGUCGAAGGCUGUCUCAUUACCUUCGUUACUUUCGCCGGCGAGGCAUCUCGGUGAGGUAACCGCAGCCAGCGCCAUCCGUGCCACUCAUACUGUAGAGCCCGGAAUCCGGUACCAGCGGCAGCCACGUGCCGUUGAGGAGCUGAGACGCAAUACCGACACACCGGAAAGUAGUGGUGCGGAGUCGGAAGAAAUUUGUAAAAUCUUUCCCGGCGGAAAAGCCCGCAUUGGUGACCCGCUCGAGGUGGUCGAGACGGUGAUUGUCGGUGGAUCUACCGAGGAAGAGGAUAACGACGACGAGGAGGAGGACGAAGAGGAAGAAGAAGAGGAGGACGAAGAAGAUACGACGGACCAUAUAGUGCUCGGUGCCGUUGGUGAGGACAUUCUCAAUAACAAUCACAGCCCCUGUCUAGGUGACGAGGAGGCUCAGCAGGACGAGUUUGUGCAGCUCGAGAAGCUGUUGGCCGCGGAUCCGCACACGAACUGCGAGUUCGACACGCGCCAUCUGCAGGACUACGAGCCGGAAGUGUAUCGGAUUAAGUACUGCUACGAUGAGCUCGAGGAGGAGCUAGAGGAGCAGCAGGAGCAGGAGGCGGCCAACGAUCUGCUGGUGGUGUUGCGUGGCACUCAUCCCGUGGGUCCACCGCCCGCCGUACCACCGCCGCCACCGCCUCCACCGAAGGCGGCAAGAGUGGCUGUCGGCGAGAGGAAGACCGGUGUAAUCUAUUCGACGCCACGGUUUAGUGCCGUUGUGCCACCCGGAGUGCAGUGCAGUGGGCCGACCAAUCGGGCCGUGAGUGCUAGUGGGGAAGAGGAAGUGCGAUAUUCGGCCGGUGGUUGUGUAGUGUUGCCCGUGUCGUGUGUGCCCAAAAUCGUCGACGACGGUAGGGAAAGUGCAAUAAAACAAACCGCACCGGGCGGUGUGGUGGUAGCGUUGGGUGGGCACAAGUGUCCCAUAAGUGGCACCGGUGGGGUUAGUGGUGCCAUCGCCAGUAUUACUGCGGGUGAAGUGAGUGAUCGUGAUAUACCGCCUCCGCCACCGCCACCGAAAGCACGCAUCGGAUCGCGCGGCUUCGACGGGUGUGGGUGUGUGAUCGAGGCGAUCCCGUUGUAUCGGAGUGAGGCGGAAGCGCUUGGUGCGGGCGGCGACACGAUGCGUGAAACGGCGACCGGGACCCUGCGGGGGCUGCUGAAGAAACCGAAUCGGCCACCGCCGGUACGGAAGAACCGCGUGGUGUUCGACGAGACGCGCAAUGAAUUCUUCGAGGCGGACUACAUCAUACUGAUACGGGAGGAUUGUCCGUACGAUGAGGAGGACGAGGAACCCUGCACCUGCGGUGAACACGAGCUCGUUCGAAUAUGUUGUGACGAAGGCUGUAACUGUGGCUACACGGACGAUGGACGUACGCCACCGAGUCCGAAGUUUGCUCCUCCGAUCGAGUUUGUCGACCAGGCCACGCUGAGCCCCCCGGAGGGCUACAAAGACGGCAGUGGACUGCUUGACAAUGCACUCGGCGGAGCACUCGGUGGGCAUGUCUUCGGUGCACAACAUAUUCAGCAGCUCCAGGUUAUCCAGCGGCUACAGCAGCAACGGGCUGCCAUGUUGGCAGCCAGAGCUGCUGCUGGCCAGCAGGGACAACAAACGGGCACCGCAGGCCAAGGCCAGGCUGGUUCCCAACCCGUCUCCACUAGUCAACAACAGCAGCAACAACAGCAGCAACAGCAGCAGCAGCAACAACAACAGCAAACCCAGCAAACCGCUGUUUGCACAGAAUGUGCCGAAUGUGCGGAAUGUGCUGCCAAGCAAAUGCAUGACGAAGAAUGUGACUCCCAAUGUUCGGACGACAUUUCACCAAUGCUGGAGGCGCCCCUACCACCCCAUGCCACCCUUCCAAUCGCGCUGGUACCCCUGACCAAGUCAUCGCCAGAGCGACGCGUUACGCAAAAGGAGAUUAUAGCCGGGGAGGAACGGCCAAAGUUCCUUACCAUCAAACAGGUGCAGGAGUCUGGUUCGCAAGACGGUGACGGCAAGGGAGGUGGCGACGGUGCAACGGUAUCCCAAACUCCCCAGCGCUACAUCGUGGAAACAAUUACGAUGACCACGGUGACCGAGCGACGGAUCGUGCAAAAGGACGACUCACCGACGCUGCCCGAAACUGCUCCGGCCGGUAGUGGGGCGAAGGCCGGUUCGCCGGUGGUCAGCUCCACCCCACCCACAAUUAUGCCUUCCUUAUCCACCACGCUUUCACCUAUCGUUCCAGCAGGCAACGAAGGUGGGUCGACCGCAGUGCCGACGGUGGCAGGAAGCGCCAGCACUACACAGUCCGCCCUGGCCGCUAGCCAUGACUACCGAUUGCUUCAGCAGCAGCAACAGCAGAAGGGUAUGCGCACGGGACAGACGAUCGCCGGUGGGGAUGGAAGUGCCUCGCAGCAGCAGCAACAGCCAGCGACCGGUGCUGGCGCGGGUCAGUACGAACCGGCGAAACAUAAGCCGUUAAGUACGGCGCAGGCGAUAAGUGGCAUCCUCAAGGGAGGCAAACUGUGGAAAAAUGAACAGCAGCAUCAUCCGCACCAACAGCACACCCAACAACACGCCCAACAGCAGCAGCAACAGCAGCAGCAGCAGCAACAUCAGCAACACCAAGCGCACCAGCAGCAGGCAACCGUUCAGAACGACGACUCGACGGCAGUGACAUCGGACGAGGAAACGAGCUCGAAGCGUUCGGUACGGUUCAACGAAGAGUCCACGAUUCGCGAGGCAUGCUGCGACGGCGAGGUGCAGUCCGGGCUUGGCGAAGGUGAAAUGGGCACCUGUCGUGCCAUUAACUACAUGUCGGACACACUCAAGCGGCACUCGUCCGGACUGUUCCACAACGCGCUCCGGCCCAACUCGGCCGUACGGCAGCUCUUUCCUAGCAGCGCCAUUCAACCUCUACUGACGACGGCCAUUUCCGGGGCCGGUCCCACCGCACCAGGUGCGGCGGUAUCAUCGUCUGGCACGGUCACGGCCGCUCCGCUAAACACGCAGACGACAACGACCAGCACGGUGGGCGGUACCGGCGUGUGUCCUGCUGCUACGAUGACCGUUGGACAUGCGACUGUGUUGACACAGGAAGCGCUGAAAGCGUUCGACGAUUCGAAGAAGUCGGCCGUGAUGUCACCGGGUCUGGUUCAUCAGCACAGUAUUACAAGCAAUUCUGGUAGCAUGAGCAAUAUCCCGAACAGUGCGGCGGCCGCUUUAGCGCUGUCGGCAACGGCGGGCACUGUCGUGACCGGAAGCCCCGGAGAAACGGACACGAUUCGGCGUUCGAUCGAACGGAACGCAUUGCGAAGGUCCUUGAUUAAGUAUGAACCAAAGAAAAAGAUCCCGGUGAAGGACGUUACAUCGCUGGAGGAGCGUAUCCGACAGCUAACGUGCGACAUUGAUGAUCCGAUCGAUGAGACGGGUGGCGGCGAGGGCAGCGAUCAGGCGGGCGAUGGCGAUCUCAGUGAGAUGGAGCGCCGGGACAGUCCGGCCGGUGAGGAGAACCCACAGCAACCGAAAUACCUACCGGACAAGAGCUUCUCGCCCAGCUCGUCCGCGUCGAGCUCGAGCAGCGGUUCGAACGGUUCGACCUACAAGAAGAUCACCGAUCUGUUCCAUCGCGAUCGGCGGCAGGAGAAGAUACCGGAGGCAGACGAAAACCCGAUUGUGAUCAUACCGCAGGACUGCCGUUGCCCGGCGGGUCCGGACAUUGGAAUGGGUGUUCAAAUUCAGGGUGCACACACGCAGAUACAUCAGCCUCCCCAGCAGCGGCAUGUUGAUUCGCGGCGUCAGUUCCUUUCAACGCUGGCGCCACUGACAGCCUGCGUGGCCGGGCAGCGAGAUGAUCUGUCGUACUACACGCUCGCCCAUCCGGGCGACCGCAGCUCGAUGGCAAGCUCGCAGAGCACGGAGUACAGCAUCGGCGACAUCGAUGCGGCGCUGCACGAUGACGAUGGCAAGAAGGUGGCCCCGGAUGUGAUUGCCGGUACGCCCGGUCAGGAGUCGGACGAGUUGGCCGCAUUCGUGCAGCAGGAAGGUGCGCGUACCGAGCGUUUGAAGAAGCGCUACAGUGCCGAAACGUCUACCUCGGCACCGGCGUCCGGUGCGGGCUCGGAUGAUGAUGAGCAGAACGAUUACGGAUUCAACUCCCGACCUUCGGUGCGUGGCAUAAAGCCGCGUUUCGGUUCAACGAACGAAAUUCUCCAGCAGAUGCAGGCGCAACUAGCCGCACCAACACCUCCGCAGACCAAAUCACAAUCGACUACGGUGCCCGCACAAACGCAACCGAUCCAAUCGAACACGUUGCCGCGGCCGAGUAUGCAUGUGGCGGCGGCGAAGCAGCAAAUCACCACCCAUCAGCACACGGCCUCCUGGAGCUACUAUCCAGCCGUCGAUCCGGCGACCCAGGCGAAGGGUGUCGCCCAUCAACCUCAACCGGCUGCUGGUGGUGGGGCAGUGCAGCAAGCAGCAGCUAGCGCCGUGGCUCCGGCAAGUCAAACCAACAUGCUCGCUGCCGUCGAUCCGCACGGUAACUACUACCACAUACCGGUGCAGACGCGCCACAGCUAUCAUGGGCAGGAAGCGAUCUAUCAGAACUGCGCCAACCUGCCGCUGGGUGUGCAGGCUAGCGCCGUACAGGUGCAGUCGCAUCAGAUACACACGCAACACCAGGCCGUACACACGGCACACCACAUUCACCAGAUGACUGAUACGGCGACGUACGGCAAGUUUGCCCGCAGUCCUACGCGUCGACCCGAGUCGCCACCGCCGUUGCGUAACUACCACCAGACGAUGGUGCUGAUCCCGUACAAUGCCGAAACGUACCAUCGAUACACGGCCCAGGAGCAGGAGAACUAUCGACGACAGCACAACAUCGUCGAGUACCAGCAGGUCACGCAACAAACGAUUCGAGUUCCGGUCGGCUAUCCACUGCCCGGUAUGCAAUUGCACGUGGUGGCGGCCGGUGCACGUGCAGGUCUUCCACCACACUACUCCACACUGCCCCGGUUGGGCACGAACACGGCCCCGGUGAAUGCGGCCACGGGGACGGGACCGUCGUCGCAGACGGCUCCACCACCACCACCGCAGGGCAAACCGCCCGCCUACUCGCAAUAUCCGUCCGAUGGUAAACCGGGCGUCAAGUUCACGGAGCGAGGUGCACCGGAGGGUGCGGCAAGCGUACAACCGUCCGACGCCAGCCAACUGCUCUCACCGACCGGCCAGGGCCACGGUCCACCCGGGAUGCCGGUGAAUCUGGCGAGCUCGGCCACCACUACCGCCGGCACCACGGCCGCGGUUGUAUCGUCGGGUGUGAGCGGGCAGGGCGCGGGAGGAGGUGGUGGCGUAGUGGCCUCGCAGGCGGGUGGUGGUAGCAUGCCGAACGCUUCCCAGCAGACCCAGGGUGCUGUGUUUUAUGCCAUGAACGUUUGACAGGGUGAUUAGAUAAAGCUGACCGUACGGCUCGAGCGGGAGAUGGCGUUGAAUGGGGAUGGGUGUGUGGAUGGUACGCAGCGGAAGCGGGAAAUGGUUGAAGCGGCCGAUAACGAGCAAGUGACGAAAUCAUUGGCCAGCUAUCACUCCACCGGUGCUGCCCUAUAAUGGACGAUCAACACCCAUACAACGAUGAUGUAUGAAGCGACAAAAUCAGGUUCGUCGCUUUGAAAGAAGAAAGCAUUGAAGUCUUUUGUUCGGCAACUAAGAGAUGAUGCAGUAAUGAUGGACAAUUACAGCGGUGUGCGAAUGUUUGUGUGAAAACAAAUUGCAAACGUCCAAUAUCAGAGCGAACCUGUGCAGUGUGUGCUGUCGAUCGAUAUUUUUUGUUUGGCGUGGGUGAAAACUCCGCGUUGUGCGUAUGUCUCACCUCACAAAUGGGCAAGUGAAUAAGCGAACUGCGUGUACAUACAGUUAGUUGCGGGAGAUGGGAGAUUUGACUUAUCGCAUUCUGUUGGUGGCAUCUGUUUUUUUUUUGUAUACUUCUGCUGUAAGAUAUCGUUAUUCUACUGCGGCGUACACCUGCAGUCACGGUUGGUGAAGUGAGAUGCGAUGCUUCGGUUUGGAUUCGGUUUCAUACUUUCACACUAAUAGCUAGGCGCUGUCCGAUGACGAUGCGCAUGACGUCACCCUCUCUACCCACAUUUAAACACUCGUCACCCAGCUCUCCGCCGACGCAAUGCGUCGUCCUGCGCGUAUGAUUGAUUCGCUCAUUAGCACUCAUCGGCACUGAUACGCGCAAACGAGCCAGAUUUAUGGUUCGCGGUGAACAAAUUAAUGUUUAUUGCAAUGUUUGAAACACUCACCUACCCAUCACUCUCACACGGUAGUGCUGUGUUCCUCUUAGCCCGACGUACAUCCUGUUGCGCUGUGUGAAUGUACCC